AUGACUCAACGCCACGCCGACACAGUCGAAAUGCCGGAACACAACAUACAAGACCCUGCAGAAGCAGAAAAGGGCUCUCGCCAUGAUUUGCAUAAUGCCGCUGCCGAUGGUGCGGCAGAAGUCGAAAGUGGCGGCCUUAGUCGACUUCUGAAAGCCUUCGAGAGGACUCUAAUCAGAUAUAAUCUGGAGGCUCGAGGUAUACAGCGCGUUCCACCCAGCCAACGCCAUGACCGAAGUCAGCUUGGAUUCAUGCAAGUCUUCUUGCUAUGGAUCUCGAUCAAUUUGGCUGCGAAUAAUCUGACGCUGGGUAUGCUCGGACCAGCAGUAUUCUCAUUAAGCUUCUUCGACGCCAGUCUCUGCGCAACCUUCGGUGCUGUACUUGGUAGUCUGCCUACGGCCUAUAUCGCCACCUUCGGUCCCCGCUCCGGCAACAGAACCAUGGUCUUUACACGCUACAUCAUGGGUUGGUGGCCAGCCAAAUUGAUCGUAGUUCUGACUUUGGUCAUUUUGCUGGGCUAUUCACUUCUCGACGCGAUCAUCGCUGGUCAAAUCCUUAGUGCUGUGAGCACUAGUAACGGUCUCACCAUCGUCGUUGGCAUUGUCAUUGUGGCGGUCAUUACGUGGAUCAUCACGACGUUCGGAUACAGCAUCUUUCACUGGUAUGAGCGAUAUGCUUGGCUGCCACAAUUGAUUGUCAUCUGCAUCCUAGCUGGAGUCGCUGGCCCGAAGUUCGAUCUCUACACUGAUCCCGCUGCCGAGCUGGACUACCGCACUGUCAUCGGCAACAGACUAAGCUUCUUCAGCUUGUGCUAUGCGGCUGCGGUCACCUAUGCCUGUGCAAGCGCCGACUAUUUUGUCUAUUACCCGGAGGACACGCCGAGGUGGAAGGUCUUUUGGGUGACUCUUCUCGCACUCGUGGUUUCCUUUACUUUCGAGUUCGUGAUCGGCAUAGGUUUGACUUCCGGUAGAGCCUCCAACCCUGAUUGGUCGAAUGCAUACGAGAUCUCGCAAGGAGCACUGGCUGUGGAAGCCUUGAAGCCGUUAGGCGGCUUUGGCUCGUUCUUGUCAGUCAUACUGGCUCUCGGGCUAGUGGCAAAUCUCAUUCCGCCGACUUACUCCUCUGGUGUAGACUUUCAGGUCCUGGGCCGCUACUUUGAGAUCGUGCCCCGUGUGGUGUGGAAUACUCUCGGUUGCGUCAUCUACACUGUCUGCGCCAUUGCUGGCCGAGAGCAUCUAGCAGAGAUAUUCACAAAUUUCCUGGCUCUCAUGGGAUAUUGGGUCAGUAUAUGGUUCGCCAUUGUACUCGAGGAGCAGUUCAUCUUCAGGCGGAAGCAAGGCUGGAACUGGGAGGCUUGGAAUGAUCAACGGAAGCUGCCUAUUGGAGUUGCUGCUUUGAUCGCUUUUGUUAUCGGCUGGGUGGGAGCGAUACUUUCCAUGGCGCAGGUGGUGAGCCGUAUCGCAAUCAACAGCUCCGUGUAA